GCCUGCAGGUCUGUCAUGUCAUGACGACACAGCAAUGGAACAUGGGAACUGAGCUCCGCUGACAGAUCCACAUGCGGCCAAGAACACGCCUGUGCCGAUAACGAUAAGGAGAGCCACAUGGGUGUCACUCUCGGCUAGCGGGUACACCGACCAGGUACCUUGAGGAGCGCGGCCUGGACCAUCUCCACCCGGCUUUCUUUCAACUUUUUCUGCCGGUAUGGGCAAGCGAGUGUCUCCAGUCGCCGCCAGUGGUUCUCCGACCUCGAAUUGGAUUCCUACCACCCCCAUCUUCCCCAGAACUCCGGUCCUGCUUCCACCCGAAGCGAGAACGACUUGUGAACCCGUCAACCCCUGAAGCAGCAAAGAAAACUUCAAAGCCGUGCUGUCGUCCGGCAGCCGCGCGCUCUCUUUCUCACCAUGUCCGCCGAGAUGGCAAACGAGAUCAAAUUGAUCAGCGGCCGCAGCCACCCCCAGCUGAGCGACAAGAUUGCGAAGCGGCUCGGCAUCGAAGUCGCCCGAACGAUCUCCCUCAACUACUCGAACCAGGAAACCUCUUUCACCGUCGGCGAAUCGGUCCGCGACGAGGAUGUUUUCAUCGUGCAAUCCACCGCCACGGGCGACGUCAACGAAGGGCUAAUGGAGUUGUUGAUCAUGAUCUCGGCUUGUCGGACUGCUAGUGCCAGGAGGAUAACAGCUGUUAUCCCCAACUUCCCCUAUGCUCGGCAGGACAAGAAGGACAAGUCGAGAGCUCCCAUCAGCGCAAGAUUGGUCGCAAAUAUGCUGACCACGGCCGGUGCCAACCAUAUUGUAACCGUGGACCUCCACGCUUCUCAGAUCCAAGGUUUCUUCAGCGUUCCAGUGGACAACUUGUACGCCGAACCUUCUUUCCUCCGCUAUAUCAGGGAAAACUUCAACGCCGAGGACUGCGUCAUUGUAUCUCCUGAUGCCGGUGGUGCGAAGCGUGCGACAUCCAUUGCUGAUCACCUUAACACUGCGUUCGCUCUGAUCCACAAAGAGCGCCCCCGGCCCAACGUUGUUGGCCGCAUGGUCCUUGUCGGGAAUGUUGAGGACAAGGUUGCCAUCUUGGUUGACGAUAUGGCGGAUACCUGCGGCACUCUCGUGAAGGCAGCAGCAGUGCUCAAGGAGAAUGGUGCCAAGUCGGUGCUCGCACUCGUCACGCACGGCAUCUUGUCCGGCAGCGCCAUCGAGACCCUGAAUGGCAGUGUGCUUUCGGCCCUCGUCGUCACAAACACCGUGCCACUUGGAGACAAGGUCGACCGAGUAAGUGGUUGCCAAUGCAUUCAAUCCUCGCAUGUUGACUAACCCCGCUCAGUGCCCCAAGCUGCGUGUUAUUGACAUUAGCCCCACCAUCGCAGAGGCCAUCCGCCGCACUCACAAUGGUACUUCCCAACCCAAACCCGCUCCCUUCCUAUUGAUACUAACCCUGAUUCAGGCGAGUCGGUUUCGUACCUCUU